UGUGUCUGAAGGAAUAUGCUGAAUGCUUCUUCCUGUAUUAAUUCUAAACUCUGGUAUUCUCUGUUCUCAGACAGGCAGAUUCUACAUGUGUUGGGCGUGGCCUGUGUCUUGAGCUUCACCUCCACUCUCGUCUGCCUGCCUGGGUCAAGCACCCAGGAAAACACCAUUCUUCCUGGGUUCAAAGGUCGCACCUUGCUUUCAGUCACUGAUGCUGGCCCAGUCAAAAAAUUUACCUCCAAAGAGAUUAUUGGCUUCUCUAUUGGCUCUAUAUCAUCAUUGCUGUACCUCUGUUCUAGAGUUCCUCAGAUUUACACAAAUUACAAGAGGAAGUCAACAGAGGGAGUCUCGUACUUUCUUUUUGCUCUAGUCAUCCUGGGGAACAUUACAUAUGGCUCGAGUGUCCUGCUGAAGAACCCUGAGCGAGGCCAAAGUGAGGCUAGCUAUGUGGUCCAUCACCUGCCCUGGCUCAUUGGCAGCCUUGGCACAUUCCUCUUAGACCUCACUAUUUCUAUGCAGUUCAUAAGGUACCAAAGACGUCCACAGCAGUCGGACAUCAGUGACGAGGAGAGCACAAGUCUGAUUACCGACUCAACCUGAGGACCAUGAGCCUUCCGGGUGGACGCAACACAGCACAAAAAAAAAAAACAAGGCUGUGCAAAAGGAUGGAUGGAUUAAAAAAAAUAAUAGAUGCAUUUUAUAUUUUAUGUUAAAGUAAUAAAUCUUCUGUAUCCAGCUGCAGUAAUUUGAGCUAAUUUCUAUAUUCAGGUGCCAUAUAUUCACAUAUUAUAUUCUCCUGUAAGCCUGAACUUGUUUCUCAUUUUUGUUUUUUUUUUCUCGGCCAUUACUACAGUUUGUUAUCAAGCUUCUAUUUACAGUAUAUAUAGUCACCGGGAUAAAUAGGUAGUAGAAGGUGCUAUAAAGUUGCAAUAGUAGAAGGUGCUAUAAAGUUGCAAUGAUCUCUCUAAUGGGACAAACUGACAAUUUUGACAGCAUGUGGCACAAACGGCAAUGUUAUCAGUGUGCUGUCAAAAUGACAAGCUGACCUGCAGCCGUAUCCUAAUUGCUGUCAUGCUUCAAACUAUGAAUGAAAUAUUUUGCUGCAAGCUCAGGCAUGGCCAGCAGGUGGCACAGUUCUACAGGGUGUUGCUAGAGGAAAACAAAGCAUCAAAGUUAACAAGUCCUAACCCUAACUGAUUAAUCCUCGUUGUGUCCUUUUUAAUCUGACAAAAUGAUGGCAUUUAACAAGUAAAACUAACAGCUGCGUGGGAAAACACAAUGAGCGGGGGUGGGCAAAAUAUUCACAAGACUGGAAAGUAAAACUGAAAUUAAACAACUGAAGGAAUAUCUGGGGAUGAUGCCAAAACAUUUAUAAUGCAAGUACGGUGAUGGAAAACUGGCAAGACUGUCCUAGAACAAAAUCAUAGGACACUCAGUCAAGUGCUAAAUGAGUCCUCACAGUCUCCAACUGUCAGCAAAGCUCCAGUAGAUUUGCCCUUUGAUGCUGAAACAUAACACAAGUGAAUGAAUUGAGAUCGGUUUUGAUUCAUAAACAAUAUUUCAUUCAUUUUCUAUACCCACUUAUUCCACUUUAGGGUUUUGGGGGGCUGAGCCUAUCCCAGUGGUCACUAGGCGAGGGGCGGGGUGCACGGUGGAGUACCACAAGUCUUUUUCUGAGCCACAUACCGACAGACAAACACAACAAUACUUCAAUAAUGAUGAAACGUCUGUGUUUCACCGUGUACAGCACGUAUUUGGCGUUUUGGAUAUAGCCUGUUCAUAAAACAGAAUUAAUGGUGGGAAAAUUCUCAAAAUCAUGAGUGUGUAAAGGAGAAAUGGUCUCUGUUGGACAGAUUUGUUUUAGUAAUUACAGUACUGAACACAUUGUCAAAUUUAUGCAAGGACCACUUCAAAUCAUAACAUGGACAUGACCAACAAUUCAUUAGCGCUGUUAAACUUCGUUUUUGUGGAUGGCGGUGCGCUAUUGGGCUUGCUAGUAUUUCCUUUACCAGAGGUGUGCACAACUUUGCACAUCAAUCAGGUUUUUGGCCAUCGUAUGUUACUGCCCUGAGACAUUCCAAAUGUUCAGCAAAAUCUAACUUAUUUUUCUGCAAUCAAGUUUUAUAUUUUAUGCACUUACACAUAAAUGUAAAAUUUGUGUGUACUGUGUGAUUGCUCCAAAAGUAAAACAGAAGCAGAUUCAAAAUCCUGCCUUUGCCAGCUGUUGAGUGCAUACACAGACUGGCACAAUCGCAGUGAAAAUUAACCACUCAAAAUGGGUAAACGGAAAUGACUUUAAUUUAGUAAAAGUAUAUUGACAUGACAGCAGGUAGCUUUGUGAGAUAGGAAUUUGGGCUGCCAACUGGGUUUGAGUUACAGUUUUGCUGCUUCUGUCCUUGAGACACAUGAGCUCUGUUGUCUUUGUACGUCUUUCUAGCUGUAAAUGGGUACCAGCCUUGGCUGGAAAAGUAACCUGUUGGACUAGCGCCCAAUGGGUUAAGCAUGGUGGCCAGUGGCUCUUGGGGCCUGUGGAGGAGGUUACCUCCACUUACAUAAAUGCUCACAUGUAAAUUUAUUAAGUACACCUAGAUAAAACAAAAAUCAUAAUGCAACACUUGUGUACUAAACCCUCCCUAUGUAAGGUGUUGAUUUUAAUGUCAUUUUGGAGGCUGUAAUUUGAUGUUGUUCACCUGUUAUACUAAGAAGUGUACCUGAUAUUUGGGCAGUCCUCUGCUUUAGUUUGGAGAGGAGUGGGAAUGCCACAUAAAUUUGUGACUGUAGGUGAAAGAUACAUGUUUGGUUUUGAAGUUGCUUGCAGCUUGAAAUGAUUUUCCCCCCAGUUUAAUUUCUAAAAUCUCAGUCUGGUGGUCUCCAAGGCUACUGUUGCUUUUUUGGGGGGGGGUUAAAGUGCAAUAUUUGAGAAGUAGACUUGAAUUCUAAACAAAGUGUGUAAUGUUUGCAGUCAAAAAAUUUGAUGUUUUAACAAUGUGUCCACACCUGAUAUAGUUGGCCCUUUGGGAUAGGAGUUGGGACUGCUAUUCUUAGACUGUAGUUCCAUUUCCAGUGAUUGGGUCACACUGUGUGUCCUUGGGCGAGACACUAUGGGCCCUUCUAAUUUUUUUUUUUUUUUUUAUCAUCCCCCCGUCACUGUGUUUAAAGGAUUUUCACAGAGGGACCAAGCCCAUUUGGGGUGUGUGCCAGUACACUUUUUGAUGUAAGUGUUGGGAAAUACCAGUGCAAAUGGUUUGAGUUUUAUAUUCAUCAUUUGUCAUUUGAAUGAUAUCAACCAAUCUGAGUGGCUCCCGUCCUUCCCUUUACACGUGCGUGUGGCAGGCACACAGUGCUGUUGUACUGAGGAAGCAGAUGUAACUGAAAGGAUUUCAGCCUCAUUAACAUUAGUGCAAUCCAUCAGUGUUUAUCAUUUAUUUAAUAGCUGUUUUAAAUUCUAUGUUCUUGUGUAUUUUACACAUAAUGUAGCACAUCUGAAGGAGAGAAACAGCUAGCUCAUAAAAUGACACACUGACAAUGAUCUCUGCUUGCUUUGUUUGUUCCUCUUCCCACAUUAGUUAUAUUGAUAUUGUACUGCUGCAGAUGAUGGGAGGGGUAUGUGCAGGCAGGGUGUGCGUGCAUUAUGAAUCUGGCACUCGAGCUUUUUGUAGGACAUUAGACAGUGCUGGACUUUAAACCAGCUUUGGCCUAAGGUGUGAGCACUUUCUGGUGAUGAACAAUAUCAACUCACCAGCUCUGUACACACCUCACUUUUUUUUUUAGAGCAAUAUCCUCACAGGAGUGUAUAUGGUAUUGUUUAGUGGCAAGUGGGCCUCAAAAGUUUGUAUAAGACUUUAAAAUUGUGUGUUUUGUUUCUUAAUUUGAAGCGUUACAGUUUGUGAUUUUGUUAGGCUAUUUCAGGUACAGACAUGAUCAGAUUUUGUUUGCACAGGUGAUAAAAUAUUCAUUUGUAUAAAGAAAGUCCAUGCAUUUUUUUUAAAUUGGUUUCACACAUUUGAGCAGUUUCUUUGUGAAAUGUUAACUGUUGGCUCAGUCUUGCUGUAAAUAAAUGGAUGAUUCAGUUACUCUGAAU